UUAUAAACAUAAUAUAAUAUAAUUACGCACAGACAUAAAGAAAAAAGAGAAAAUAAACAUAUCAUUUUCACAUGAACCUUCCAUCCCACUCCCUACCCACCACACGCGGCCGCGCGUAGACUCCACAGAUUUGACCAGCGACGACUUUCGGAUCCGCCGUGAAUUACGACCUUUUUUCCCACUCAAGCCUUCUAUCAAACACUUGCGUUUCAUUCUUCAGAAAGCGAUUUACAUCAAAAUUCACAAAAUUCCAACACCUGGAGCUCAUCGGAUAAGGAAAAAGGGAAAACGACAUGCCGAGUUCAACUUCCGGGGCCUACCAGGAGCGCCUGCCAGCGGUCCCCGACUGGCUGAACAAGGGCGACAACGCGUGGCAGAUGACGGCGGCGACGCUCGUCGGCCUCCAGUCCAUGCCGGGCCUCGUCAUCCUCUACGCCAGCAUCGUCAAGAAGAAGUGGGCCGUCAACUCCGCCUUCAUGGCGCUCUACGCCUUCGCCGCCGUCCUCAUCUGCUGGGUCCUCGUCGGCUACCGCAUCGCCUUCGGCGAUGAGCUCCUCCCCUUCUGGGGCGAAGGCGCUCUUGCCCUCGAGCAAAAGUACCUGACGAGGCGCGCCGCCGUGCCGGAGAGCACGCACUACUACUCGAACGGGACGGUGGAGACGAGGAUGAACCGGCCGUACUUCCCGAUGGCGACGCUGGUGUAUUUCCAGUACACGUUCGCGGCGAUCACGACAAUCCUGCUGGCUGGGUCGGUGCUGGGGAGGAUGAACAUCAAGGCGUGGAUGGCGUUUGUGCCGCUGUGGCUGAUCUUCUGCUACACGGUCGGCGCGUACAGCUUAUGGGGCGGCGGGUUUUUGUACCACUGGGGUGUCAUCGAUUAUUCCGGCGGCUACGUCAUUCACCUCUCGUCGGGGAUUUCUGGUUUCACGGCUGCCUAUUGGGUUGGGCCGAGGUUGAAAGCGGAUCGGGAAAGAUAUGUUCCAAACAAUAUACUGCUGAUGCUUGCCGGGGCCGGGCUGCUGUGGAUGGGGUGGUCGGGCUUCAAUGGCGGGGCACCUUAUGCUGCAAACAUAGUUUCUUCCAUAGCUAUCCUAAACACAAACAUAUCGGCAGCAACAAGCCUUCUCGUUUGGACAUCGCUCGAUGUUUUCUACUUUGGGAAGCCCUCGGUUAUAGGGGCUGUCCAAGGGAUGAUAACCGGACUCGCUUGCAUCACACCUGGUGCAGGUGUGGUGCAAUCGUGGGCUGCUAUAGUAUACGGCGUGCUUUCUGGGAGCAUUCCAUGGUACUCGAUGAUGAUUCUUCACAAAAAGUCAACUUUGUUACAGAAGGUCGAUGACACGCUGGCCGUGUUCUAUACGCAUGCGGUUGCCGGAAUCCUCGGCGGCCUCCUGACCGGCCUAUUUGCCCACCCGACCCUUUGCAGUAUGCUUCUUCCCGUCACAAACACGAGAGGCGCCUUUUAUGGCGGAGGCAUCCUCUUCGUGAAGCAGCUUGUGGCGGCACUUUUCAUCAUCGGGUGGAACUUUGUGGCAACAAGCGUGAUUCUGCUCGUAAUCCGGCUACUUAUGCCGCUGAGAAUGCCGGAGGAUCAGCUGAUGAUCGGAGACGAUGCAGUACACGGGGAGGAGGCGUAUGCAUUGUGGGGAGACGGUGAAAAGUUUGACGCGGCUAAGCACGGCUGGCAUAACCCCGCUGACGAGAUGGCUCGACCGCCCGGGAUUUUCACUGGGGCUCGUGGGGUCACUAUAGAUUUGUGAGCUGCUGUUUUGGUGUGAUUUGUUUGUUACCACUUAAACAAGUGUAGUUCUUGUAUCCUUAUUCUUGUAUUAUGCUUAGUUUGCAGUAAAAGCUGUCUGUGUACUCUUCUUUUUCUGUUUUCUAAUCACGAUCGUGAAGAAGCAA